AUGGACAGAAGCCGUAGUGAUGGGGAAAAACCCCGUGUUUUUUCUCGGACGUCCACGCAAGGUUCGUCUGCCUUUGAGUCAUCAAAUUCUCAAUUCUCCAUGGGCUUAGGGAUUGUGGAAGUACCGCCGGACUCCAAAAAGCACUACGACGUGUCUGGUUUCCAGUUGAAGAAAAACAACUGCUCGAUUAGGCCGCCAACCGGAAAUGAAGAGACUCAAAUUCUCUCCUUUUCACCCACAUCGUCUUCUGCCGUCUCAACGCGACCUUGUGGCCCGAUUAGCUCGAGCAAAACAACGGAUGGGCAGGCCAGCGUGCAUAGAGCACUCUUUUUGAGGCAGGCGUUUUUUUCACCCAUCCGUAGCCCAGAUGGAGAUAGAGGCAUUCAUUCAGACACCCGUUCCAACGAACUUUGGGACAAGUCCAAGCAAGGAAUUGCUGAUGGGGAUGUCAUGAUGUCUUCAUCUCCCUUGGCAAAUUUUUCAGGGUCUUCGCACUUACCAAAAGCACGUCCUGUAGAUGGUGCAGCCAUCGCAGUUACGUCAGAGUUUGCUCCAUCAAAUCCAGGCCGUGAUGAGUUAGAAAUUAAACGGUUGCUACCCAACGUGAAAUCGAGCUCAGAAACGCCUUUCUUUAAUCCGGCGUUUCCUCGUUUCAGUACCGGAGAGAAUUAUAUGGGAUCGUCUUACAUGAGGGAUGAAGUGGACGCGGCGGCACCGAACAUUACCUUAAGGCGUUACAUUUUGAGCCGACCUAAACCAGCAGUCCGCGGGCGAGGACUGUAUCGAAGACUUUACUUCAUGCUUAUAUCUUUGGUUCUACUUCCUUUUAUCUUCAUCGCAUUGCUCUUUGGGUUGCACUACUGGGCAAGCACGAAUGUGGCAGAAGAGCUUCAUCAUUAUGCAGGUGCUAGCUUGUCCGAUGAUUCUUUUUGUGACCGAAAUUUUUUGGAGCUGCAGCACCGUCAAAUUGGCCCAAUCUCAAAGGAGGGUUUUAUAUGCGUAAUGGGAAUUUUGUUAGCUCUAAUCAUCAUUGUGAUUGGGGGUGCAUUUAUUCUGUGGUUAUUUUCUUGGCGUUGUGUGAUUUUAACUUAUUUAAAGACGCUUGAAUUUAUCCGUCGCGCAGCGCCAAUGUUGACGCAGAUUGAGCCACUCGGACCGGAGCAGUUGGCGGGGGCUCCAAAACCCGUUCCAUCGUUUUUCUUUUGGCACUGUAACAGAGGGGAGAAUAAUAAAAAAGAAGUGCUCUCUCAAGGGAUAGUCGAAAAAGUCGUACUGUUGGGGAAUACUCUGAAUGAACUCAAAAAAUACAUUCCAAGCACGGUGCAGAGUGAUGUCAUAUCGGCUGUUUUGGCUGGUCACAGCCUCGACAGCUCAACUGCCGUGUCUACCAUGGAAAGAAAAGGCCGCCGCAUCUCAGGGCCCUCCCCACCACAAGAAGAUGUUCUUGCAGCUGCUGGAGACUUAAAUCCUCUUCAAAUAAAGGUCCAAGCACAUUUGCCUCUCUAUGUGAAAAAAAAAGCGGCGACCUUUACCGGUGGGCUUCGCCACUCUCAUGGGAGUGGAAACAACUUUGGUUUUACGCAAACAGCGGGGCAGAGGGGAAGUAGUAACAAAUUGAGUCCCCCUCACCGGCGGUUUAUUUGUCCCGCAGGAAGUUUAUCAAGCCUGAUUCUUUCCACGAGUAGCAGCGUGACAUUGACGGCUGAGAAUGACCGUGCCCUCCAGUCUGUGGGGAAUCGUGGGGAAUGCGCCGUUUCUGAGGCUGCUGAAACGCGAAUUACAAUGCUGAAUGACUACGGUUUUUCGCUUCAGCAAACAACUUUUCUGGUUUGUCGUUUAUUUUUACCAAAACUUGAGCUGAAUUCUGACGCUUCUGCAAUAAGAGACUCUGUAAAUCAAGUGCGGGAGAUGUCACAACGAUUUCUACGGAUUGUUUUGCGUGUGGCGAAGGAAGAAAACGGCUUUUCAUUUAAUAUUUGCCUGGAUUCUGUCAUUGUAGUCUUUUACACUCCAUCCGGUACCAAUUGUGUUAAUUUGUUUCAACCUCGUAAUUGUGCCUUGCGGCUAGUGUCAGAACUGUCUAAGCUUGAAUCCGAGUGGGCGGCUGCUUCAUCUACACCAUUGAAUUGGGGCAUUGCGAUGCAUAUGAGUUUGCUUAUGAUUGGUGUAAGCGAUAUUGGGUCUCACCGUUUUGCGUAUUUAUAUGGGGAAGAGCUUCAAUUGGCAUACCGUGUGGCGGAGCUGUGCAUGAUUCUGCACUGCCCGUUGAUUAUGCUUCAGUCGUGCUAUGAUCUCUUUCGUGUUUGCAUGAUGGCUGUGCCGGUGGAUGUCAUCUGCAGGGAGACGAUUCGUGGGAAGGAUCGCAUCUAUCUGUAUGAGCUCAAAAUACCAGAGGAGGGAGAAGACCUUGACACCAAACGGGAAUACUACAAGCCGUUAACGGUGGCCUUUGGGUUAAUGUGUGGAAGGCAGUUUGCAGACGCCGCACAAAAACUGGCUGGAAUUGUGGAAAUGGACCACAACGUGAGCCGCCUAUAUCGUCUAUGUGAGUACUUCCUCCAGAUGCAGGAAAAGGGAACGAUUAAUACAAUUCUCUCUCCCACAGAGAACUACGUGCGUAAGGAACCGCGUUGGGAGCCUCUGGAAUCAAAGGCGGUGAAGUUUCUGGAUAAAUAUUGUGUGCGGGAGAAACAGCAGUGUAUACAUCGCCGCCGUGAAGUUUCUGGGAACAAUGAGGGCAACGAAGAAAAUGGUACGCGAGAUUAUCACGCGGCUCGUUUUUUUGAGGAUGGGCACGAAGUAAAUGGCUUAAGGGGUGAAAAAUUCAGUGAGACGCACGUCCGUACACCCAGUGUGCGUUGUGACGACAUCACUGAAGCCGACGAUUUCCUUUACUCGACUAAUACCCCUUCAGAACUCAAUCCCAGCUUUGCCGUCCCCAUGUCACCGGUCAUUGCCACUCAUGACACUGAGGUUAAACGAACCUCGACAAUACCACUUCAGUCAAUAUGUAAUCCUGGUGAACCACAGCAGGUCCGCGUUCGCUAUAUUUCUCGCUCAACAGCAGCGUCUGUCACUUUUCCUGAGGUGGAUUCUGGCAACAAUGAUGUUCCCCAUCACUGGACAGAUGUUCGUAAUCUCCAAGAGAGCAGCAAGAACGAUGGUGGAAAUGAGGGAAGUAAAUACGUGUUUGACGUUUAUGAGCCUCUGGGUCGUGGAACCUUUAGCACGGUUUACCGCGGUCUUCACCCGAAUGGCAACAUUGUUGCUGUAAAGAAAUACCCAUUCCGUGACAGGGGUGAAAAUAACUCGUGGGCCCAAAGUGUACGCUUUGAGAUUGAAGUACUGUCUAGCUUGCGUCACAAAAAUGUUGUUCGUUAUAUAAGUAGCUUUUUUCAGGACGAGUAUUUAUAUAUCAUUGCUGAGUUUGUCUCUGGGGGCUCUCUUUCUGCGAUUGUGAGGACAUUUCGACGUCUUCCAUAUAACACCAUUAGACGGUAUACGGGUGAUAUUCUUCGUGGACUUCAGUAUUUGCACAAGCGUCAGGUUGUUCAUCGGGACAUUUCCCCAAACAAUGUACUAGUAAACAUUGAUGGCGUGUGUAAGCUCAGUAACUUUGGUGGGGCUGUGGUGUUUGCCAUGCAGCGAAACGAGUUUUGUUCUAACUCCUCAAAUGCGACUACCGCAGGCAUUUUUGCUCCUCGAAGUGUGGUGCACGCAUCGGAUGACUCGGGUUCUGCGACGGGCACUGUGAUACUCAAGAACUGCUUUGGAACACCCGCGUGCAUGUCGCCAGAGGCCUGUUCGGGAGUUGUUGACCCGAAAAACGACAUAUGGGCACUGGGUAUCACGCUUUGCUUUUGCUUCUCAGGCCGCUUCCCGUGGCCCGAGGAGGAGCUGAAUGAUGUCAAUGCUUUUGUUGACAAGGUCCGUCGUGGUGUCCUCAGCCCUCAGGUGCCGUUCGACGUGAUGGACUCUCAGGCCGCAGACUUUAUUAGCCUAUGUCUCCGAAGGAACACGAGUUCUCGUCCAUCAGCGACGGAAUUAUUGUUUCAUCUCUUUGUGGUAGGCUGA